UUGGGGCAUCAACCAUUGUCUUUCCAAGCUACAUACGCAGAUUAUGUCAUAUAUGAACAGCUACGCCACGAGUUCAUGAACUGGCCUCGAGCAAGGGCUGCGUUCCUGCAUGGGGGACUCGUCUGGCAGUUGGCUUUGCAUAGCCUUGGUUUCCACCACCUUCCAUCCGUCCUUGAAGGUAUUUCGACAGAAGCUGUUCCAUUUGGCAACCUGUUAGUGGGGAACGGGUCGACUUACUACGACGAUGGGUUGCCGGACAAAGAAAUUGAUUUCAUAUGUGGAACUUGUCCUGACUUAUACUCGCGCUUUCUAGCUCAUGGCACAUCAGAUGUGGUCUCCUGGUGGUCCUGGCCCAACACUUGGGAUGCCUUGGGCUUAAAUGUCGGUUUCUGGUCUGCUCGUUGUGAAGAUUGGUUUCAACGACGUCUUGACAACAUCUGA